AUCAGGCGAGGGGGGAACCAGCCGAAGCGAUUAGCUGGCGCUUGCCAACUCGUGCGUGCGGAGUGUGUCUCUGAACUCCGGGAGUGAAGUCCUGCGGCGGCGGCUGCGGCGGCGGGCGCUGCCUCUCCUUCCCGGGUCUCUGUCUUCUCGCUCCCACAGGACCCCUUGGCCUGCCCCCACACCCUCCCCUCCAGCACACCCACCCUUCCCCACUUUUUUUUCCCUUUUGCAAUCACAUGGUAUUUUAAGAAUGCUGGAAAGAUGGCGGUAGCGGCAGCGGCAGCAGCAGCCUCGGCAGCGCCGGCUGGGGGAGGCGGCGGCCGGGGGCAGCGGAGCGGGCUGCUGGAAGUUUUGGUGCGGGACCGCUGGUACAAAGUUCUGGUGAACUUGAACGAGGACGCCCUGGUCCUGAGCAGCGAGGAGGGUGCCGGGGCUUACAACGGCAUCGGGGGCGGCGGCAGCGGAACCACCAAUGGCUCUUUCUGCCGGAGCGGUGGCGGCGGGGCCGGUGGCCACGGCCCAGGGGGUCCCGGGGGCGGCGGCGGGAGCCAGUCCCUGGACAUCUCGGUGCCGCCUGGCGGGGGCAGCCCCCAAGUAGGAGUCCGCACUGCCUUCACUGACCUGCCAGACCAAGUACCCGAGUCCAUCGCCAACCAGAAGCGGGGCGUGAAGGUGCUGAAACAGGAGCUCGGGGGGCUGGGCAUCAGCAUCAAGGGGGGCAAAGAGAACAAGAUGCCCAUCCUCAUCAGCAAGAUUUUCAAGGGGCUGGCGGCCGAUCAGACCCAGGCCCUCUACGUGGGGGACGCGAUCUUGUCUGUGAAUGGAGCUGACCUGAGGGACGCCACCCACGACGAGGCGGUUCAGGCGCUUAAGAGAGCCGGCAAAGAGGUGUUGUUGGAAGUGAAGUACAUGCGAGAAGCAACUCCCUAUGUGAAGAAGGGUUCUCCGGUGUCCGAGAUAGGGUGGGAGACUCCCCCUCCUGAAUCCCCACGGUUAGGAAGCACCAACUCGGAUCCACUGUCUCCACUGUCCCUCUCAUUUCACAGAGACAAAAAAUGCAUCCCACUCAAAAUGUGCUACGUGACUCGGAACAUGGCUCUGAAUGACCCUGAAGACAGACAUCUUGAAAUCCAUUCACCUGAUGCUAAGCACACUGUCAUCCUUCGGAGCAAAGACUCAGCCACGGCCCAGGCUUGGUUCAAUGCCAUCCAUGCCAACGCUAGCGACCUGCUUACAAGGGUCAUCGCAGAAGUGAAAGAGCAGCUGGGGAAAAGUGGCAUCCCUGGGAGCCGAGAGAUCAGACAUCUAGGCUGGCUUGCAGAAAAGGUGCCAGGAGAGAAUGAGAAGAACUGGAAGCCAGCCUUGGUUAUGCUGACGGAGAAGGACCUCUUAAUCUAUGACAGCAUGCCGCGGAUAAAGGAGGCCUGGUUCAGCCCUGUUCAUACGUACCCUCUGCUAGCCACCAGGUUGGUCCAUUCAGGUCCUGGAAAAGGAUCACCACAGACUGGAGUGGAUCUGUCCUUUGCGACUCGGACUGGUACCAGGCAAGGGAUUGAAACCCAUCUCUUCAGAGCUGAGACCAGCAGAGACCUAUCCCAGUGGACGAGAAGCAUCGUCCAGGGCUGCCACAACUCAGCAGAACUCAUAACUGAAAUCACCACCUCAUGCACAUACAGAAACCAGGAGUGCCGACUGACCAUUCAUUAUGAGCACGGAUUCUCUAUCACCACUGAGCCCCAGGAGGGUGCCUUCCCCAAGACAAUCAUUCAGGCUCCCUAUGAAAAGCUCAAAAUGUCUUCAGAUGAUGGGAUCAGGAUGCUUUAUUUAGACUUUGGAGGAAAGGAUGGAGAGAUUGUAAGUGUGCAAUUGGACCUUCACUCCUGUCCCAAACCUAUUGUGUUCAUCAUUCAUUCCUUCUUGUCUGCUAAGAUUACAAGGCUUGGGUUGGUGGCAUGAAUGGUUUCCACAAGAAGAAACAGAACCACCGUGCUUACUGGAAGUAUGAUCUACCAAUCCAUGUUAGGUGCUAGCCAGCCAGCAGCAAUGCCCCAGGGGGAGCAGAGGACAUUGGUUGACAGGUCUAGCCAGUCCUGGUGACUCUCUGAGGCAUUGCUUUCAGUUUAGUCAAUCACAAAGGAGCUACAUUAAUUAAAAAAAGCAUCACCAGGAAUUUCAGAACCAGUUUCUUUAGUCAAGGAAAAUGUCCUUCUUAUCAGGGGGGCAAUAAACAGCUUGUAAAUACCGACAAAAGGGGCUUUUAAAAGUUCAAUGAUUUGAAAAGAUUUAAAAUAUAUCGUACUAUAGAAAUUAGCAUAUUACUAUGUGUUCACACUUCAGAAUCAUUGUUGUACCUAUUUUCACAUAACUUGUUUAUCAUAAUGAGCAAGGGCUAAGUAGGUAAAGAAUGGACACUUAUCACCCUCCCCCCCAUAUACCGACCCCAGCCCCAAAAGCAAAGAUACAGGAUUAGAAUUGGACUAUUUCCAGCUGCUAAAUAAAUUUCCUUUCUUUGAGGGGAAAAACAUUUCUUUCACAUAGAAUUUUGUCUUUCAUCAAUGGAUCAUAAAUUCAUAGAUUUAAGGAAGGGACUUUACAGACCAUUUCAUCUAACUCCCUCAUUUUACAGAUGAUAAAACUUAGUCAAAGCAAGGGAAAAAUGACUUCCUCAAAGUCUAGCAGGUAGUAGGUAGCAAAGUUGGAAAUCUAUAUCCUGAUUCCACAUCCAACAUCUUUCCACUAUCCCAAAAUAUGGUGUGGCUACAAUACCCUUUUUUGAUGGAUUAUAUUUCUGAAGUAAAAGAAUGAUUCUGAAGUGUUCUCCAUUAAUGAAUGCUGAGCGGAAAAAAAAAUCAAUAGAAAUCAGUCUACUGAUUGGUAGAGCUGGAAACUGCAUAGGUUACUUAGUGCUUGGGGGAAGAUGAUUAAUCCUGGGACUCCAAUGUGAAUACCAAGGUUUGCUCUCUGAGAGCAGACCCAAUCAGGAGGAAGCUGGCAUCAGGCGUGACUAUAAGCUUUCUGGGUUGGAGAGCAAGUCACAAAUCUUUUUUUAAAAUUUUUCUUUCAAGAGCUACCUUUAACAUGUAAAAGGAAAAAAGAAACCCUACCAGGCCAUAUAAAUUCUUUGUCCCCUGUUCAGGUUUGUUGAUGUCAGUGUUGAGUAUUGAACUUAUGCUUCUGUCCAUGUCAGUGGUGACUGGGAAGAGCAGGCCUGGGUCACAUAUCAGGGUGUGCUGCAGCAGGUUAUCCUUGAACCUGAUUCUAUCCAGUGUUUCAUAUCCUUUUAGGAUCACAGUGAUAGCAGUUAACGGCCUGGUUUUAUUCCACCAAAUAAUCAGGGAUAAAUUGAAGCUGUUCAAACCUAACUUCACUGAAACUAGAUCUCAGAGUUUUAGGGUUUAUAUCAACUCCAUCCAACAUUUAAACAAGUUUUUUCUCCCUGUGGCUUGUAGACAAGCUUUCUGAAUUAGAGCUCUAUGAUUUUCAGAAUCUCGAUACAGGGGUGGUGGUGCAGGGUUUGCACGUAUCUAUGCAAAGAAUUUAAAACAGGUAAAUUUGAAAAUUGUCCCACCUGCUUUCAAACCUCUCUGCUGCCAGGGCUAUGAAAUGAAAUGAUGUGCAAAGCCUUAUGGGGAUGGGGUGGGGAGGGAAAAUUGAUUUUCUUAAGUGUGCUUAUAAAUUUGGAUCUUUAUUUCUAUAGAGCUAAAGAUUAAAAUGCAAGCUUAUGUACUGAAGGAAAAGCUUGACAAAUUUGUAAGUUGCACUGCAUUAUUUCCUUACACAUCUGGAAAUCACUGGGAUGUUGUUUUAGAAGAGAAUUCUACUCGUGUAUUGUAAAUAACUUCUUAGGAACAUGCUAGUGCCAACAGCUGAAGUCGCCACAGUACAUCAUCCAUGGUGCUCAGUACUACAUGAAGAAUGAAUGAGUAACUUACUCAGAAUUAAUGUGCAACAAUCCUAUUAUAUAUUUAUAGAAAAAUUUAAAUGAUGAUAAUUGCAAAUAUUCUUCAUCACUUACCAGGUUUGGGACUGAUUCAUAUCUGGGUGGGGUCAACAGAAUGAUACUACCUUCUCUGCAUUUAUAAAAAAUUAAUUAAAAUAUUUAUAUUUUAGAAGAAAUAUAUUUGAAUAAAAUUAUUGGAUUUUUCUGAAGCAAA